CUCUGGGCUUCUAGGCUAGAUCCUGCAGUCUCUCCUCUGUACCCAGGGCUGCCUUCUGGGGAUGGGGAGGCGGGGCUUAGGAUGGAUGCUACCCCCUGGGCUGAAGUCCCGCCCGCUCUCCGCUGGUGGGCAGGGCACUUUCCGCAGGCCCCGCCCCCUCACACCCCGGCACGCCCCUCCAGCUCUCUGUCAGUCUCUGUUCAGCCCUCCCCUUCGGUCUUGGGGUCCGCCCAGGGUCGGCCCUGAGGGGUCUGGGCGCUGCCCACGCCUGUCCCACCCAGAAUCCCCUGGGCAUUCUGUGCGCUCCGGGGAAGGCUUUGGGAAGGGGGAGGCGAGCCGAGCUGUUGGGGCGCUCCUGAGGAGGCCGGUGUGGGUGGCAGUCCUUUGUGGGGGAGGGGAGGGGUUUCAGGACUGUGGGGGUGGCGGUGUUUGUGCCGGGGGCGGGGAAGGGGGAAUUGGAGGGGCAAGGAAUCCGAAGUGGACCGCCCUGGCGAAGUCCUGCGAACUCCAUUUCCCAGAAGGCCUCAUGGGGGAAGAGGCCUCUGUGUGUCACCUCCGCGCUUGCGCUCCAGGAGGAAAGGGCCACCUCCCAGUCCUGCGGACUCCAUUUCCCAGAAGGCCUCUGGAAGUCUGGGGGGUCCUUUCCAGGGCGUGCGGCUCCGCCUCCUCGCGCCUGCGUUCAGAGCCCAUUCUGGCCAUCAGCCUGUCCAGGGCUGACGGAAGUCGCGCGCGCGCAGUUCACACCGCCCCUUUCGCGAACAGACUUUCUCAUAGGUCGGCUCUGGGGGGAGGUGCAGAGGGCACCAAUGUGUGCAGAAUGGCGGUCCCGCCCCGGGCCCUCCCGGGUGAAUCUGGGGUCGGAGGCGCCGCGGGAGCGAGCGAGAGAAUGAGCAAAGUCGGCUUGGUCCCGGCGCCCGGGCCGGGCUCGGUGACGUUCCGGGACGUGGCCGUGGACUUCACGUGGGAGGAGUGGCGCCGCCUGGGCCCGGCCCAGAAGGAGCUGUACCGGGAGGUGAUGCUGGAGACCUACCGGACCCUGGUGUGCCUGGGCCUGGCGGUGCCCAAGCCCGGAGUGAGCGCCCAGCUGGACGGAGGGGAGAGACGAGCCUCGGCCAGGGGCCGACCAGGUUGGAAGAAUAGAUCUGACACAGAGGAGUCGACUCAAGACUUGGAAGCCAGGGAUUGUAAAGCCAGAUCAGAGAGGCAGGAGUGCAAUGAAGAGAAACAUUCUAGAUCAUUGCUAAGAAAACAGAAUCAAAUCAGCUCAAAGAAGAUAUUUUCUAAAUCUUAUGAAUGUAGGAGACCUGCCAGUUAUAAUUCAGACCUUACUAAGAAUCAGAAUGUUCAUAUCGGGAGGAAACUUUAUGAAUGUAACAAAUGUGGCAAGGGCUUCCAAUGGAGCUCUCAUCUGACUAAACAUCAGCAAAUACAUAUUGGAGAGAAACCCAAUGAAUCCCAUAAAUAUGAAAAGGACUUCUGCUCAAGCAUAAGACCUCCCAAACAUCAGAGGAUCCAUAGUGUGGAGAAAUUUUAUGAAUGCCACGUAUGUGGGAGAACCUUCUGCCAGCUAGCAGAACUUACUCAACAUCAAGCAAUCCAUAGCGGAGAGAAUCCUUUUGAAUGUGUUGAAUGUGGAAAGGCUUUCAGCCGGAGUUCCCAACUUAUUGUACAUCAGAGAAUUCAUGCAGGGGAGAAACUCUAUGAGUGUAACGAAUGUGGGAAAACCUUCCACUGGUGUUCACGGCUUAUUCAACAUCAGAGAAUUCACAGUGGAGAGAAACCUUUUGAAUGUAAUGAAUGUGGGAAGGCCUUUCGCCAGAGAAUACAACUUACUGUCCAUCAGAGAAUUCAUACUGGAGAGAAACCUUAUGAAUGUAAAGAAUGUGGGAAAGCCUUCCACCGAAGUACAGGACUUACCCAACAUCAAAAAAUUCAUACAGGAGAGAAACCUUAUGAAUGCAAUGACUGUGGGAAGACUUUCUGCCGGAGCUCACAGCUUAAUCAACAUCAGAGAAUUCAUACUGGCGAGAAACUUUAUGAAUGUAAUGAAUGUGGGAAGGCUUUCUGCCGCAGGUCACAACUAACGCAACACCAGAUAAUUCAUACUGGAGAGAAACCAUAUGAAUGUAGUGAAUGUGGGAAAGCCUUCCAUCAGACUUCACAACUCAUCCGACAUAAAGUAAUUCAUACAGGAGAGAAACCUUUUGAAUGUAACCAAUGUGGGAAGGCCUUCCACAGAAGCACAGGACUCACACAACAUCAGAGAAUUCAUACGGGAUGGAAACCUUUUGAAUGUAAUGAAUGUGGGAAGGCCUUCCACAGAAGCACAGGACUAAUUCAACAUCAGAGAAUUCAUACAGGAGAGAAACCUUAUGAAUGUACGGUCUGUGCAAAAACCUUCCGCAGGAGCUCACAACUCACUCAACACAAGGUAAUUCAUACAGGAGAGAAACCUUAUGAGUGUAAUGAGUGUGGGAAAACCUUCUGCUGGAGCUCACAGCUUACUCGACAUCAGAAAAUUCAUAGUGGAGAGAAACCGCCUGAAUAUAACACAUCUGAGAAUGCCUUCCACACAUAGAAACUACUUAUUCAGCACCACAAAAUAUCUCCUGUAGAGAAGCUUAUAAAGUUAAGUCCUUAUGAAUACAGUGAAUGUGAGAAGGGCUGUAGACAGAGCAAACCUUUUACUGAAAUCUAACUAAUUCACACUAAAGCAAAACCCUAUAGAUGAAGCAAAUCUAUGCCUAAUUCCCCACUGUAAUUCUAAUUUUUUUCACUCUCCUAAAGCUACUUCCCACACUUCAUAGCAGAUAUGGUUGUACACUUUUAAAUUACUGAGGAAGGGGGUGGUAGAUGGCUUAGUGGAUGGAGAGACAGGCCUUGGGGAUAGGAGGUCCUGGUUUCAAUUCUGAUCUCAGUUACUUCCUACCUAUGUGAUCCUGGGCAAGUUACUUCCAUUGCCUAGCCCAUACCACUAUGCCUUGGAACUAAUACACAGCAUUGAUUCCAAGACAAAAAGUAUUUUCAAAAUUACUGAGGAACUUGUAGAAAUACAAAAGGAACUUCCUGUAUUUACUGACAAAUGCUCAGAAUUCUGAACUACUUUCUCCUUCCUAUUGCCAUAGCAAAGCAGAACCUCCCUCUCCUUUCUGAAGACUGAUUCCUUUGCUUACCCUUUUAAUGCUACCAGUUCAUUUUUAGUCCAGGAUAUUACUUCUUCAGUCAUCCCUGCCUCCCUUGCAUCUUAAGCCUCUCCCACUAGCUCUUUCUGAGUUUUGUGUUCAAGUUUCCCAAUUUCCAAAAAAACAACUAUACCAAAAAACCUCUACCCAUCCAGUCAAUAACCUAUCUCUUUUUUCACAGCCAAAUCUCUUGAAUAUUUUUCUGAUUUUCAGUAAUUAUAAAUAGCAUUCACACAGCACUUGAAAGUUUACAACUACAUUGACCUAUAUUAUAUUACCAGAUAGCACCAAAAAUAAAUCUUACAAGGAAAUGAUGGCAGGCAUGAUGUUAUCUUUAAAGAUGGGGAAAUGUGUGACUUGUCUAUUGUCAUAUAGCUACUCCUAAACCUUCAUAAUCUCACCGCUUCAUUAUUAUCUGCAGUCUGCUUUCUAUCCAACUCCUCUGAAGUGCAGAAGACACCAGUGACUAAUUGCAGAGUACAGUGGCCUUCCUGGUCACCCUUGUACUUCUAUGAAAUAUUUGCUACAACUGAUCAUCCUUUUAUCUGGAUACUCUGUGUUCUCCCACAUUCCAAAAUGCCAUGCUCUUGUUUUAAAUAAAAAAUAAUCUUGGAGGCUUA